AUGCCAGAGUUAACUGCAAGAGUAAGUAGUGGGCUUCGGCCUUUCUCAGAAGGGACUCUUCAGGCCCUGGGCCAAGAAGAAGCCACAGGAGGAGCUGGGCUUCGAGGAAAACUUGCCCCAGGAAUAAAUGGACUCGCUUGCUUGACUUGUGGUCCACAACUGGAGGUCAUAAACACCUCGACAGGACAGAGGGGAUCGGCAUAUCGAUUCCGGGGAGUGAACGGGGAACCUGCUCUCAUUCUAGCUGUCAAGGAAUUCUUGUGGCAGAAGAAAAAAGGUUUGCUCGUUGGACUGGAAGACAGUGAAGGGAGCAUCCUGUGUCUUUAUGACAUCAGUAUUUCAAAAGUGGUGAAAGCAGUGGAGAUUUCAGGAAGGGUAACAGCUAUUGAACCUCUAAGUUAUCAGGGAGGACCUACUGCAGCCACUGAGAAUUCACACCCCAGUUUGCAAUGGCUCUUUGGUGUGGCUGCAGUGGUCACCGAUGUUGGACAGAUUCUGCUGAUUGACCUGUGUCUGGAUGACUUGCCAUGCAAACACACUGGACUAAAUGCAUCGCUUCUUCAACUCAUGACUGGUAUUCCAGACAAAGUACCACACCUCAGAGAACGUGCUAGGCAAGAAGGACGCCAUCUGGGUUUCGAACUAGUAGGCCCAUCAGGAGCAGCCAUUUCAACUCUGGUUUACAUAAAUCGCACACAUCAACUCGCGGUAGGGUUUGCUGAUGGCUACGUAGCACUCUGGAAUAUGAAAAGCAUGACAGAAGAAGACGAUUACACACAGUUGAAAGGAGGAAGAACACCCAUAUCUGCUAUUACUUUUCAAAAACCUGAGAAUGAUCCUAAUAAUUUCUGCUAUUUGUGGGCUGUUCAGUCCACACAGGACAGUCAAGGGGAUGUACUGAGUUUGUAUCUACUUCGGUUGGCCUUUCGCGAUGAAAUAUGUUUGGCAUCAGGACAAAGCUUAUAUGAGGGGUUGUCCUUACGUGAAGAAAGUUACACACUGGACCUUACAGAAGGCAUAUUUCAUUUGACUGGACAGACUAACACCAAAUUCUUAGGGUGUCAGAGUAUAGAAAAAUUUCCAUCUCAGGGUGAUAGGGAGGAAGGUCUGAAUGAGGCUCUGUCUCCUGACACCAGUGUUUAUUUUACCUGGCAACUGAGUACAUAUGGACAGGUAAAGCCUUCUGUAUAUUUGGGGAUAUUUGAUAUCAAUAGUUGGUAUAGUGCACAAUUGCCUGAUACACUAGAAUCGGGUGAAUAUCUACAUAAUUGCUCUUAUUUUGCUCUGUGGUCCCUGGAUUCUGUAGUAAGUAGGUUUUUUCCACAUGACAUCUUGCAUAUCUUAGAGCAUGAGAGGAGUUUAAGUCGAGGAAUUCCUCCUUCCUAUCCACCUCCCGAGGAGUUUUUUACUACAUGUCUUAAUUUUGAUGCUACUUGUUUGUUGAACUCAGGAGUGGUUCACAUCAAUUGCACUGGCUUUCAGAAAAAGAAUCUGAUGUUUUCAAGUACAUUGGGGCAAUCUCUCAACAGUGUCAUUACUGAUCAUUAUAAUCAAUGUCUUGCAGCUGACAUGUCACCAAAAAUUCUUGAUAUCCAGCCUUCCAAUUUAAGUCAGCAAGACCAAUUAGAAGCUUUAUGGUCUGCAGUAGACCAAACAAAUUCCCUCGCACCUAUGAUUGGAUGUAUAAAACAGUGGGUAUCAGAACACCCAAAUUCGGCCACUAACUUGCGCUUUGUUCUUGAAUGGACAUGGAAUAAAGUGAAUGUCACAAAAGAAGAAUUGGACAGACUGUGUGCGCCGUUAUUUGAUGGCUCAUGCCAUAUCAUUGAUCCACAAACUAUACAGUCUGUCCAAUGUUGUCAUUUGCUUCUUAGUCACCUUAAUACAGUUCUUAAUUGUUUGUUAGCAGAGGCCAAAAGCAUCACUGAGACAGGCAUUAUGAUCCUGAACAAUAAAUGUAUGUUUAUCCAAAUCACAUGUCAGUACAUACAAGUGGUUCUUUGGUUCUGUCAUCUUGAGCUUCUACCAGAGGGCUUUCAUGAUACUAUGCAUUUAAGAAGUUUAUGCUAUAACGACCCUGUAAUUCAGGAGUACUACACCAGUUGUCGACAGAAGUGUAAGAGUUUUUCAAGGGGGAAAUGGAAUUCUGAUUACCUGAUUAUUGAUGGAAUGGUUUCUCACCUAGGAAAUAGGAUUGAGAAUUUGUGGAAAAACGAUGAAGGAGGCACUGGAAAAUAUCCUCUUCCAAGUCUGCAUGCACUGCUUGACAUAUACUUACUCCAUAAUAUUACUGAAGCAAGCAAACAUGCAGUUACCAUCUAUUUGCUGCUAGAUAUUAGGUCUUAUUUUCCAAACGUAGAGGAUUCUGCCACUGAAUCAUUUCUUAAGGUUUUUGCCAUUUCUUACAGCCAGCUGAAACUGAUUAAAGGUUUGUGGUAUAUAGAUCAUAAAACUUGUGAGAGGGCUUUGGAACUUCUGUUUCACCCAGCCAGAGUCAAACCUUUGCCAUGGCAACAUACAAUGAUUCUUCAAGCUUUCAUAAGUCAGGGUGAGCACAGACUCGCCCUCAGAUAUAUCCACACAAUGAAGCCAACGAUGUCCACAGAUGGUGAUGUUUGCCUUCACCUCACCAUUUUGAUCAAUAAUGUGUGUGUGGUUGAGGCCUGUAUAGUUGUUGCGGCAAAUUCUAAUAGUUUAAACAGAAAGGACUUAUUAAAGCACACUUACAACAUGUGCCAGGAAAUGGGCUUGCUGGAGGAUUUCCUAAAGAUACCGCUCACAGACACUGAACAGGAGUGUUUGGUAAGAAUUUUGCAAUCUAGUAACAGUGUUCAGAACCAUAAAUUCCUUUUACUUCAUCGCUUACAGCAUGCCAAUUACAUCCCUGCCUUGAAGCUGAACCAAACUCUGCAGAUGAAUAGCAUGCAUGAUCAUAAUCCUCUUGUGCAAGAGAGAUCUCUGGUUCGAAAUUUCAUGUUAGCCCAAUGUGGGAAAGGGGUUCCUAGAGCUGAGAAAAAAAUAACAAUUGAAAGAGCUAAGCCCUAUAGUCGCUCAACAACCAUUCUUCAAGAAGUUGCUACACCCAAACUGUUAUCAGCAUUUCCAAAGCCAACUUUAAAGAGAACUGUGUUGUCAAGUUCUGUUUUCAUCAAUCAAGUUUUGUCUGAUUUGGAGACAGUUGGCACAAACAGUAAACCUAACACUGGUAUUUCUCUUUACACCAGUCUUAGAAUAAAAGAAUCCUCUCCUGUAGUAUCUUCUCUCCCAAUAUCUGAUGCUUCCAUUGGAACACCAAUUUCACAAGCUUCACAAAAAAGUUCUAAACAGCUGAAUAGGGCUGAUUGUCCCGUGCGUCAGCCUUCUCAAUGUAUGAGGGUGUUUCUGCAAAGCCCCAACAAAUCUCCUUUGGACCUAGCAUCUCAUUUAUUGCCAGUAAAUUCAUGUGUCAAAAGAUCUUGGGAAUAUAUUACCAAGGCUAAGGAAUUACAUUGCCUUGAAACUCCUCUUGUGGGUAAGAAAGCUAAAAGUUUGGCCACAACAGUUACUGCCUCUGGAUUUGCCAAAUCUAGUCCUCAAACUAUUUUAAAAUCUAGUCUUCCAUCAACUUCUUUAGCAUCACCCUCUUUGUCUCCUGGACCUUCUCUUGUUCCUUUACAACUUAAAGAAACUACAAUUUCAUUGCGGGAAGAAGGCAUAACUUCAAAAUGUACACCUGGAGUUGCCUAUGACAACAAAACAAAUGUAUAUGUCACUACACCACCUCAUUCAAUUCUAGUAAAAACUGAGUCAGUGAAGACCCGAAAGAAGGUAUCUUUUUUCUUAGACCAUCAAGAAUUGCAUGAAAGGCUACAGGAUACAUCCUCACAUUGCUUGGAGAAAUCAGAUGUGAGCAAUGGAAACAGCAGUGCUUCAACCAUAUUGGACCAGACUUCCACCAAAUAUCAUGAUGCAGUAUCACCCAAAGGUAUGUUUACACCCUUGAAAAUUGUGAGCUCUUCUACUGAACUAAUUGCUGAUGUAACAGAAAAAGGGCAAGAUGGGCUGUCUCAGAAUCAGCAAAAACCUCAAAAGUCUGUUAUUGUUAGAAGAGGGAGGAGAAGAUUAAUGAGUCCAAACACAUCAGAAAGUUCAAAUGCUAUGCAAGUAGGGUUACCAAUUAUGUCCGGAAGGAAAUCAAAAGAGUCAAAAUCCUCUCUGCCUUUGGAAUCAACAAUUCAAACUUCAUUUAGAAAAGAAGGUGAAAAUAGAAGUUCUAAGGGUAUUAAAAAACCUACAGAAAAUCAGGAAAAUAGUGAAGGCAUAAAUGAUGCAAAUAUUAGUAAAACAGCAAGUCCUAGAAGGAGUACCAGGAAAGUGAGAAGUGCUAAGUUAGAAGCUGUUGAAAAUGCAGAAUGUAAACAUGACUUAAAGUCCAGUGAACAGCAACUGUUUACUAGACAUAGUAAAAUGAUGAAAGUUCAAAAACUUAGUGGAACCGUUGCAAGAGAAGAUUCUAAAGUUGAAUCCUCCCUGACAACACUCCAGGCAGAAGUUUCCAUGUCUGACACACCUAGGAAACGUGGUAGACCAAGAAAAAUAAAUCCUGAUGACGUAACACCCACAGCUCAUAAGGAGGAGAGAAGUCCCAAAAAGAGAAAAGAUCUUAGCAUUCAAAGGAGAUCUAGAGGAAACACCUCAGCUACGACGAAAAAUACUCAUGCUGGAAAAGGAGCUUCAGAGAAGUCAGUUUCAGUACCAAAUGUGGAACUUGAGACAGUGUUGAGCCCCAAGUAAAAAGCCCAACCCGGCCUUCCUGGUGCGUCUUUGAACGCGGGGGGACCCCGGGGUUCAGCUGUGUCUGGGCUCCGAGGCAGCUGGUGGCCUGGAUGCACCGGGACACUGCGAGGCUGUGCUGGGGAGCGCCGAGGGAACCCACGAAGUCCGGGCCCCCCAUGGACAGCGUCGGGCCGGGUGGACAGCGACAGGCCGGGAACGUCCUGCCCCACCCGGCCGGCGCACAAAGGCCUUUGUGGGGCGCAGGGCCCGACGCGGGGUGGAAGGCGGGUGUGCCCCCCGGCUUGGGUGUUUUGUGACUUCGAGGUGGGUGACCCCGAGUCUCACUGGAGCGGCUUUCGGGCCGUGGAGAUGCACCCUGGGCUGGGUGUGCUGAAUGGUCAGAUGGGGGCCACCAGGGGAGAAAUCUCAGAGGGCGCCUUGGGGCUCUUAGGGGCGCAGGGAGGACUUGGAGGGGUGUUGGGAUGGAUGGACCCCUGA